GUGUACACAGCUACGCCAAGGACCUGCUCCUGAUCUCGCUGAUCAUCGUGGCGUUCGGCGGCUGCUGGUUCCUGUGUCUGCACAACCGCUACUCCCAGACGCAGGUCAAGAAGAUGAUGAAGGACCUCGAGGCGCUGCAGAAGGCCGAGGACGCGCUCAAGAAACUGAGCAAAGAAUUGGCUGAGGCAGAGCGUAACCAGAAAUCUGUGAGCCAGGAGAAACAGGAGGAACUGAGGGUGUUACGGCAAAACUCGCUCCGUCUGCAAGUCCCCCCAGCUCGUGUGGCCAACAGUGAGGACCGGUCUCCGUCAUCGUUGAGCCGUGAGGGCUCGGUGGUCCGGCGCAAGGAUGGGGAGCGGAGGCUACAGCAGGCAGAGGAGGAACUGGCCACUCUCCGGGAGGCUUUGUCUGAGGCUGAGAGUAAGCUGGAGCUACAACAACAUCUAGAGAGCCAGUGGUCAGCUCCCGUGGAGCUACAGGCCUGGCUUCAGCUGACCCAUGAGUUGGAGCAGUCCCACUACCACGCCAAACGCCAGGCAGCCGAGAGACAGCUGCUCAUGGCCCGGGACGGGUGUGACAAGAUCAAGAAACGUAACAAAGCGUUCUUGGGCUCCCUCCGUAUGGCACACAGCAACUCCUUGGACGACAUUGACCAGAGCAUUCUGGAUGCCAGAGCGGCGCUGGAAGAGGUGAAGCACGACCUACAGGAGCGCCUCCACCGCUGGAACACCAUGGAGCUGCUCUGUGGGUUCUCCAUCAUCUCCAACCCGGGCCUGGCCGCUCUCAAGCAGGCUCUGGGCCGAGACCCGUCCGGCAGUACUGGAUCCUCUGGGAGAGUGCCCAGCUCGCUCUUGGCCCCCGUGUCCAUAGACGAGGCCGAUGAAGAUCUCCCACCUGCCGAGGAGGCGGAGGAGAAGGCUAGUUUGUCUCAAAUCCCCGAGAGGCAGCGCCAGCAGAUAUUUGCCUGGGCGCAGCGCAGCCGACUCAACUGGAUGAAGAAGAGAAAAGCCCAGGACGACUCUGACAAGAGUAUUUACCAUAAAAUCCCCGAGCGUCAGAGGCAGCAGAUAUACGCCUGGGCCCGUCGCAGUCGACUCAACUGGAUGAUGAAGAACAAAUCAAAUGCGAACUUCCCCACUGGUGGGCUGAGUUCUUCAGGCUCCAAGACAUUCCUCAACAAGCAGGCGCUGGCGGGCAGCACGGGAUCUCUCUCUCACCUUGGACCUAAGGUGCCACAGACCUCCGGGGGUCACGGGGUCAACAGCCACCACCACCACCACCACCAUCAGGUGGGGAAGCAGGAUGCCGUGUCUUUCCAUCUAGGAGAGAGCUCUAACAACCAGAACCAUGAGAGAUCUCAUUCCAACGCCUCCCUCUCUCACCUGUCUGGCGGCCAGGCCAACGGAGCCCACAGCCACCAGCCCCCGCGUAGCCCCGCGCCGUAUACGUCCUCCCUGUCCUACCCGCCCUACAGCCACACGGCGCCCAGCCAACAGCAGGGCCUGGCCUCGGGGAUGAGCCACAGCCAGAGCAUGACCCUGUCCUCUCACUCCUCCUCCGCCGCUCUGUCUCCGGGAAAUUCCACCAAAAUGUUCUCAUCAGCGUCUGGCAACCACCUCGGCCUCAGCUCCGGACACCAGUCGCAUCAUCAUCACCACCACCAGCACGGGACAGCCGACAGCAGGGAGCUGACCGGCAGCAACGGUGUUGAUCUCAGCAACGGUGCGGGGGCAGAGCAGCACCAGCAGCAGCAGGGAAGUGGCGGUGUGGUCAGCAGUCAGCCUCUUCAGGUCAUGGUGGGCAAUCACCACCACCACCUUCUGGACGACUCUGACGGCGCCAGCUGGGACUCUCUUCCACGUAACCAUUCCACGUCUGUUCUCUCCCGCGGUAGGCUGGACCGUAGCCCUGAAUUGGACCUUAGCAGUCUGGACACUGACUCGAUCUACAGCGCCACUGGAGGGCAUAGCUCUGCUGCGACGACGCUGGAGAGGCAGAAGAAGGGAAGCAAAAAGAAAAAGUUUCUGCCCAACUUCCUACAAAAGAAUAAAAAUAAGAUGAAAAGUUCUUAAUAGUCUCACAUCAGAGAAAGCUGUAGAGGUCGAUAGAGAUAGAAUGGGGAAAACAAGUCAGCUUGUUGAUACAAGAUUGAUGCCGAGAGCGAAAAUAAAAAUCCUUGUUACCAGGGGGUUUUUUUUUGUUAGAAACAAGACUUAAGAAGGGGUUGUUUUUCUUGUUUAAUACUUUGUGUACAAUAAGAGAAAUUUUGUCACCAGCUUGUAUUUUCCAGUCAUGGGAUUUUGUGCCAGAGAGCGCAGAUUAAUAAGACGCACACCUACAAACUGACAUAUGUUUAUACCAUUCUGAAUGUUUUAUAAGGUCUGAUUACCGCCGAUGUUCUAACUUCUCUUGCAUGAAUAGUAUGCAAUACAUACAGAGCAUGUAAAAAUGUCUUCUUCCGAUACUAUCAGACGAGUUCUGGAGAUCUUUCAAGUUCCAGUUUGUUGCAUUUAUGUCCGAUUAAAAAAAAAGAAAGGGAUGGCUGUGUGUGUUUUUGCUUAUGAGCUUUGUGUUUGGGUUUCUUUUCAAUACACACCUAAGUUUUCUGUUCUGAAGUAUCCCACUGAAGUGGGUUUUGUUGUCUUGCACUUGUCUUGAAAGUCAUGUUUGACAUAACUCCCAGUCAUGUAGGCUUUUGAGUUAUGGUCUCCGCUGUGCACAAGACACACUAAUAAUUCUGUGGUCAAAGCGCACCCUGUAAUUCUAUAUGUCGUUUUCUCUUAGGCUUAGGGUAUGCUUGAUUUUCUUGUCUGACAGGCUAUUUGACUCUUACAAGAUAAGAGAUAUGAUUUGGAUGUUUCAGAUAGUUUGUAAAUGCGUCUUUGUUAUAAGCAACGUCCUAAAAAUGUAUUGUUAGUCUCAUGCAGGACCAUCUAACUGCCUCAUGUGAGAUGAUUGAUUCUUGGACAAACAUACAGUGUCUCAAUGAUAAAAAUUCUACUGUAUACAAUUUCUAUGACUUAUGGGCCACGACAGAUCUGUUCUUAAAAGUGGCAUUCAAUUUAACUGACAUUCUAAUACCCAUUAUAAACAUGUAUGACAAUUUUUAGAUUUUACACUGAGCGACUGAAGAGUCAAAAGUUUUUUGACAGGCUGAGUGACUCAACUGAACUGUGACAUUUUAUUGACCUUCAGCCCUGACAGUUUUUUGGUACACUGAGUCUCUUGUCUAGGACAGUUGAUUGACAUACUGAGUAACUCAGCAGGGACACUUUAUUGACACGCUGACUGAUUCAUCUGCCACAGUUUAUUGACACACACUAAAUCUCCCAGAUGUGGCUGUUUACUGACACACACACUGACUCAUCUGUAACAUUUUUGUCACACUCACUCUCCCAGUUAUUCUUUGACAUACACCCAAAGUGAAUCAUCUUUGACAAUGCAUCAAUGCCGUGAGUGCGUCAGUGUUUUACAUAAUGUGCAGCUGAACUAAUAUCAAUAACUGAAGCAUUGUCAUUGAUAGUACACGCGUUGAUCUGGUACAAAUAGAUAUACAUACUGUAUGUAAUUCUCUUGCCAUUGAGGAUCUUCAGUGUGACUCGUUUGUCAGUUCUGUGCGACUGGUGUGUGACUCUCAAUCCUCUCAGACUUCUUCCUUCUGUCUAUUUUGUUGGCUGUUGUGCGUCUGUACUGUGUGAUAUGGACUGUUGUUGUUGUUGUCCCAGAUUUAUACUGAAUUUUGUGUGACAGCUUUCCAAGCCCCCCCCCCCCCC